CCUUCCCCCUCCCCUCCGUUUUGCAUCUUGAAUUUCCACUCCCCUAUCUCCCCCCUCUUUUCUAUCUCAAACCCUCUGCAAACCGAAUAGGUGGACGGGCGAGUUUUCGCGCCCUGCACGAUCCGAUUAGACCUGGAAUCAAACCAUAAAAUCAACCCCAAGACCCGAACACCCAAGUCCAAUCCCUCGACGUUGCACGCAAGAAAUGCCCGCUUAACCACCACCACCACCACCACCACAGCACACAACAUCUUAACCCCACAACUCCGCCCCCAAAAAUGGACGCACAAGCCAUCCUCCUCAAACUCGGCUGGUCCGGCCCCGGCAACCCGCUGAACCCCAACGCCCGCCCGGGCGCCACCUCAGGCCUGGGCCUGACGCGGCCGAUCCUCGUGGCGCGCCGGAAGGGCAACUCGGGCGUCGGCAACAAGACCACCAAGGACCCCACGAACCAGUGGUGGCUGCGCGGGUUCGAGGACGCGCUGAAGGGCGUCGGCGAGGCGGCGCGCCCGCCGACGGCCGCGCCCGCGCCCAACGCGCUGACCAGCGAGCUUUAUCGGUUCUUUGUCCGGGGGGAGGUCGUUGCUGGGACUCUUGGGGAUGUGCAUAAGGGAGAUGGGGAGGGGGAGGGGGAGGGGAAGAGCGGGAAGGGGAAGCGGAAGAGGGAUGGUGACGAUGAUGAUAAAAAUGGGAAGAGGCACGGGGAAAAGAAGGAGACGAAGGAGGAGAGGAAGGCUCGGAAGGAGGAGCGGAGGAAGCGCAAGGAGGAGAGGCGCGUGAAGCGCGAGGAGAAGGUGAAGCGCAGGGAGGAGAGGGAGGCGCGCAGAGCGGAUCGGAAGCUCAGGCGCGAGAAGAAGGCUGCUGCCAAGCUGUUGAAGCGCCGGACCGAGGGCGAGGAGGAUGCGCCGCGCCCCCAGUAUGAGGAUUAUCCGACGCCGCCGGUGACGGAGCAGGAGCAGGAGCAGGAGCAGACGGGGGCGAAAGUGAAGACCCAGAAGAAAAAGGACCGCAAGGACAAGAAGACCAAGGAGGAGAAGAAGACACCAAAAGAGAGCAAGAAGAGGAAGACGCGAGAGGAGGCGUCGACAGAUGCGGCACCGAAAAAGGUGAAAAAGUCCAAAGCGGCGGAGUGAAACCUCCCCAAAGGUUGGAUCUAUACAGUACACACAUUAGACUUCUUACAGAUACCCAUGGCUUGUUGCUUGGUUCUUGGAUUCGUAAAAUUUUG